CCUCAAACGCCCUGCGUCCGGAGGCCCCACCUCCGCCUCGGCCCUGAACAGUGCCGCGCGCCGCCGACAGCUGGGGGCGCGCAGGUGUAAAGAGCGGGCACCUGGCCACACACCUGUGCGGAGCCCGUCUUUCCCCCGCUCCUCACGCAAGAAUGGCGAGCUCCCAGCCGCCGCCGCCGCCGCCGCCGCUUCUAUUGCUGGCUCUACUGCCGCUGCUGCUAAAAGCUUCUGAUGUGAAUUCCUCUGCUCUCAUGGGCAGCUCCACAGCCUCAGAGAUGGACAGCUCGACUUCCAAACCUCUGACUUCUCCCUUCAGCUACAGCUCCCCUACUGUCUGGGAAAACCACGCCAGCCAAGAGAGCCCAGAGACAGGCUCCACAUUCCAUCCCAACAGCCCUAGUUCAGAGGCCACAACCUACCGCAGCCCCUCAAAUUCAGGGACAACCUCCACCACCCAGCCCACCUCCUCACAACCUGAGCCAGACACCCACCCCAGCUCUGGCUCCCCCAGGUCGGAGCACACCGUCACCUCCCCCUCCAGCGCCCUGAGUUCUGUCUCCUUGGCCACCCUGCCUUGGAGUCCCACUCACCCCAAGCCCAGCACGCUGCCUCCCUCUGUGUCCUUGGCCACCACUGACCGGACAUUCGAGACAUCUGGUUAUGCUCCAGGUGACUCUGAGGCUCUCAGGUUGCACAGGAACCCUGGUGUGGUGGUGGCCGUGUGUCUGCUAGUGUCUGCUUUGCUCAUCGGAGGUGUGAUCAUGGCAGUGAGGCGCUGUCACAACGGGGUUUCUGAGUUCCAGAAGCUGGAUGAGGGGCUUGUGAGUCGAAGGUCUUCUUCUGCCCAUCACAGACUGCCGUGAUCUUCCAUCUUUGAAGCUGAGGGAGAGGGACUUGGAUGAGGCUGGGGCAUCUGGCGAGGGGCAGUAAAGCCCCUAUCACUCCUCCGAGGCAUCUUGAGUCAUAAAUUCAUUUGACAAACA